GAACAGACCUCAACAUUGGAAAAAGUUUAAAGGAAGAACUUCCAGGUCGUAGAAAUUGCAAAUGCUUAAGUCAGUUCCUAGUCUUUGGUGAUCUCAAGAAAAGUUCAAUUGCACUGCUAUCCUAUUCACUAAGGCAUGAAUCAUUUAAAAGUGAAGAAGAUACUAUAGUUAAUGAGUUAAAUAUAUCAUUUAUUGUUACUGCUGUCAACGGCCCAAGGUCUAGCUUUUGGACUAACAUCUUUUACCAUUCACAGAUCUAUGGAAAAUGAAAACAACAAUGCAAAUGUUGACCCCAACAAUUUCAAAUGCCAUUAUUGUGAAGAAAUGUUUCAAGAUCUUGAGAUGCUCAAGCAGCAUUACAAGGAUAAGCACCAUAGGUUCAAUGAAAUAUUUUAUCAUGAGUGUGAAAAUUGUGGAAACAAGUACUCCAGUAAGGUUGUACUACAAUUACAUACGUGUUGGAAUGGCAAUGUCUGAUAACACGGCCAUGGCCAAUGCAGUAAUAUCGAAUAGGCUUAGUGGACCGCUGAUUGAUAGAAGUUUUCUUACUGCAGAGCAUGGAGGUGACAGCGAUGUUGGUUUUUCAGGAACAGCAAUGUCCGGUAACACUGUCACGACCAAUGCAAUGCUAUCGAAUAGGCUUAGUGGGCCACUGAUUGAUGAAGGUGAUAGUGGAAGUGGACGCUUUUUGAGCAUGCAAGGUAACAUGGGAGGCAGAAAUCUUCCAAGGAACCAUGGCAGGCUGAUGGGCAUCACUAACAAUUGGACCAUGCUUUGCAUUGCUGCACAAAGUUAUUUAGGACCUGAUGACGAUCAAUCUUCCGGCUUCCAGACUGGAGAGAAGUGCUACAUUUGCAAAAGGGAUGUUGAUUACGUGCCAACAGGCACAAUGUCCAAGCCCAGCGGGACAAUUCCUACUGUGGUUCUUGCAUGCGACCACGUAUUUCAUGAAUGCUUGUGCCAUGGGUGAGCGAUAACACGUCCAACUCACAAUUUGAAGUCUGGUUUUCAGGUAGUUUUUUGGAGUGAAAUGUAACUGUAAAUAGGCAGAAUUGAAAGAUGAGUUUACGAGUAACUAGUCAGGGUGUAGAUAUGAAAGUGAUACGUUCUUGCUUCGGUUA